ACCCAGAAAACUUUAAUCGAAUAGGAAAACGCAGUAGCCUUUGGCAGUCGGAGCCGUUUCCAAAUUUUGAAGUCUGUUAAAAAAAUCAAGAAAAAACUUUCCAAUGGACGAAGAGCGCAAACUUUCGGAAUGGCUGUUUCAGCUGACGCAGGAACUGAUCGCUUCGCAGGAUUUCACCGAUGCCAACAUCAACCGGAUCUGUGCCAGAUACUACGAGCAGAGCGAUUUCCCGGACCGGGACCGGCUCCUGCGGCUUAUUGCGCAACUCAAACGGAAGCUGCGACUGAACUCGAUCAGCAUUGCUAGAAGCCCUCCGACGGCUGAUGUCGUCGAACCCAGCCCUAAUCCACCUAUUCCGGGUAAACCUUCUCAGUCGGCAAACCACGUUGUAGCCGGAAUCGUGGAUGGCAUUUGUGAGAACUGUGGCGGUGCCAUUUUACUGAGGGGCGAAGAUUCACGGACCUCAACCUUCUCUGGUCUGCCGGAAGAAAACUACACCCUGUCGGAUUUCGGAACAGAUAACACCGGUUCCACCUCCUGCUCCUGUGCCAGUCGCUUGGCUCGGCUUCCAAGUGUCGAAACAGUUCUAACCAGUUGCUUGAAAAGCUCACAAACCCCUUAUGCCCAAUCGGAAUCGGAUGUGAAACGGGUAACCUAUUCGGGUGUUUCGGAACCAGACCCGGAAGAAGCGGAUAGCUGCCUGUUGCGAAACGUUCUGUUGGGCCGAACGCCAGAUAUGUUGGGAACUUCGAGUGAGGCCCUGAUGCGGCUCGCUGCCGGGGAUCGAAUUUUCUGUUGCCACUGUCAAGAGAAACCUGCGCUUCAUUUUUGUCGCACCUUCAAGGGUUGUCACGCCGAAGGUUGUAGCAAAAUUUGUGAGUGCAACAAAACGAAAAAUUGUGAGCAAAAACCUUCGGCCGAAAAUUAGGCAUCCAGCUGGAAAUAAAUUGAAAUGAUCUGCUACCUCUUUA